GUGUUGUUUGUAGCGCUGGUAAAUAAACUGUGGUGCGUCACUAAACUCUAGUAUCUCUCAGUAUUUGUUGGACAAACAACAUGUGGAAGCUGCUGAUAUGGGUCUCUUUACCCCUAGUGAGCAGCAAAUGUUACUGGAACAACCCCAACCCCUACCCCUAUUUUGGCAGCAAGACCCCUUAUGAUACAGUGAGAGGCGACUUUAGAGAUGUUCCUGAAAUUGAAGCUAAGUUCAGACAGAAUCGAAUUUCUGCUGAUGCCAAUGAUUUUUCAGAAUGCGAAGCAGUGAGCAUAUGGUUCAUGAUCAGACACGGCACGCGGCGGCCGAACGCGCCGGACACGAAGAUCAUGAAGAAAGCCUCCUACCUCAAAGACAACAUCAUACACAAACGCACUCAGGGCAAAGGAGAAAUGUGCGCGCAAGAUGUAGAUGACCUCCGCAAAUGGAUGUGGAAUCCAAAGCUGGACUACAAAAGGUCCUACCUCACCACCCACGGUUUCCAGGAGUUGUUCGAAUUUGGUCAAAGGUUUAGCCAGAAGUUCGCAAACUUCCUAGAAGAAGUCAACUCUUCUGUGUUGCGGCCCACCAGUGAGCAGAGGACGCAGCAAAGCAUCAAAGCAUUCGUCGAGGGUCUGCGAGGGAUAAACCAAAGCUUCCCGAUUGAAGACUACAUCCUCAAUGAUCCUGUUGCCAGGCCUUACAGAUACUGCGCCAAGCGCGGCUCGCAAAUUAUCAACGGUACGCGAGCCAUAUCCGAAAUACAAAGGUUUCAAGAAACAGAGGAAUUCAAAAAGGUUCAAGAAAAUGUACAAAGAAGAACUGGACUAAGCCUAGAGCUGAAACCCAACACGAUCAAGGGGCUGUACGACUUGUGCCGCUUCUACCGCUCCUACACGCUGCUCAAGAGGUCUCCCUGGUGCUCACUCUUCUCUGAUGAUGACCUGAAGAUCUUGGAGUACGUUGAAGAUGUACAGCAUUAUUUUAAAAACGGCUUUGGUGAUUCACUAAACUCUCAGACAGGCGCCGCUGGGCUCAAGGAUUUGUACGAGAAAUUCCACCACGUCACUAAAACCGGCCACAAGUCCAUCACAGCCUACUUCACACAUGACACCAUGAUGGACAUGAUAUACUCGGCCAUGGGAUUCUAUGAAGACUAUCCGAAACUCUCUGGCUUCGAAAGGAAGAAAGAUAGAAAAUGGCGGACCACUUUCUUGACGCCAUUCGCUGCUAACUUCGUAGCUGUCCUUUAUAGGUGUCCAAAACUCCCAUCUACGACCUACAGAGUGCAAUUCCUGAAGAACGAGAAAGAGGUCCAUCUCUGCGGCGCCCGGCUUUGCUCCUGGAAACAGUUCUGGGAGACAUUCCACAGGUUCACGAAGGCUAACCUGGACUUCUGUGAUGACGACACUUACGUUUAUUCAGUAUAACCUUGAAUUUACCUGGGG